AUCUUUGUUUAGAAAAAGACCAAUCUUUGUUGACAAAAAAAAAGACCAAUCUUUGUUGACAAAAAAAAGAGACCAAUCUUUCUUAUUUUUCAACGCCAUAAAGUAUUUUAAUCACCGCUCAUCGAUCUAUCAUUUGACAAAUUCACUAAAUUCAUUCUUAGCAAGAAAAUGGGUCGCACAAAAAGAGAGAGAUAGUAAAGAACAAGGCCGGUCAAUGCGGAGCAAAGACUCGUCAGAUGUUCAGACUGAUGCAAACCAGACCAACUCUCUGUUUUGAGUUUCCUAUUUUUUAGUUUCAAUCAAUCACUCAGCAUCUCACGCGUCAUCACCGGGUGUGUAGGUUUCACGCACUUCGGUUUUUCCUUUUUUUUUGUCUUUGUUGUCUAUAUGCGAUUAUGCGUACACUGCACACGCUUCAUGAACAAACCAAACGCAAGUCAUUAUUGAUGACAAAACCAUUCUAGGUCUUCUUACACAUGAGCACGUGCGCACGUGACUCUUAAAUCUCUUCUUCCUAUAUAUUCUCUUUGUCGUGCCUUCGCCCUUAAUCUGCGUGCGUGUCAUACAUAUGAGUAAAAUGAAUAUUGGUCCUAAAUCAAAUCCCAAGUUUGACGACAGCUAAAAUAAAAGAUUUACUCUUCAGGCUUUGAAAAGAACCAAAAUGUACUUUUGAUAGUUUUAAAAUCGUUGAAUAGUUGUUUAUUUUUUAAAAAAAUUGAAAACUGAUCAGUAUCACUGUAUUUAUAUACACAACAUUUUAUAAUUUUUAGCGAGCAAAAAUGUUGUGUGGUUGCAAGUUUAAUCAUAACAGCAACAGAUUAUCCACUCCAAAAACCAUAUGAUUAUUUCUCUUUCAAAAAAGCAAGAUUAAUUAAUAAUAUUAAUCAGCUGUUGAUAAUUGGAUUCCAUUAAAGGAAAUAUAAAGCGGAUUAAAAUGAUUUCAUUAUGAAUAUAUUUCACGUAUCUUUGACUUUCUUGGCCUAAGAGAUAAAAACUUUUUCAUGCAAAGAAACUUUAACCUUGAGUUCAAUUGGUUAUCAAUAUUUAAUCAUAUAUUAUUUUGUUGUAAACUAUACCAAACCCCAAAAAAUUCGUAUCUUGUUGCCACAAGAUUAAAGAUUAUACUAACAAAGUGGUCAGAACUAAAAUAACACAAUAUCAUGUUGGUUUUGGAAAUCAGAUAAAUAGUUUAAUUUAAAAUUAGAACAUAAAAGAGUAUCCAUGGUCUGAAGCUUGAGCAAAAGUAAGAAAGAAGAACAAAAAGUUCAGUGAAAGGAGAAACAUAACACAUACAUAAUAAUACACAUCGACAUAUUUAUAUAGAUGGUGGGCUCGGAACCUCAUCACCAUCAUCAUCAACAACAUCAUCAAAACCAUCAGCAACAGCAGCAGCAACAAAGGAGCAAAGAAGCUUUGGGGAUGGUGGCUCUACACGAAGCCCUAAGAACCGUUUGUCUCAACACCGACUGGACUUAUUCUGUCUUCUGGUCCAUCCGCCCCCGUCCGAGAGUUCGAGGCGGUGGCAACGGCUGCAAGGUCGGCGACGACAAUGGAAGCUUGAUGCUGAUGUGGGAAGAUGGAUACUGCAGAGGAAGAGGAGGAUCAGGAGAUUGCUAUGGAGAGAUGGAAGGAGAAGAUCCAGUUCGUAAAUCUUUCAGCAAAAUGUCAAUCCAGUUAUAUAAUUAUGGCGAAGGGUUAAUGGGGAAGGUUGCUUCUGAUAAAUGCCACAAAUGGGUUUUCAAGGAACAAACCGAAUCAGAAUCUAAUGCCUCCAGUUACUGGCAAAGCUCCUUUGAUGCUAUUCCUUCAGAGUGGAAUGAUCAGUUUGAAUCUGGUAUUCAGACCAUAGCUGUUAUUCAAGCUGGACAUGGCCUUCUACAACUCGGUUCUUGCAAGAUUAUACCUGAAGAUCUGCACUUUGUACUUCGGAUGAGGCAUACUUUUGAAUCACUCGGUUACCAAUCCGGUUUUUACCUCUCUCAGCUCUUCUCCUCAAACCGCAGCCCUUCGUCUUCAAACACAUCCCUCAUGGGCUCGAACCACCCUAUACUUCCUCCGCAGACUCAACAACUGCAACCCUCUCAGCUUCCUCUCUACAACUGGAGUGGUUCGAGCCAACGACCAAUGAUGGCACAAUCCUCUUUGCCUGCCUACCAGCCUCACAUGCCUUUCCCUGUGAUGCCGCAUGCAAACAAAGAACCAGACUCCGACGUGAAAUGGCCCACAGGGCUAUCUUUCUUCAAUGCAUUGACUAACAACGUCAACGCUAAGCUUCUGUUUGAUUCGGAGGGUUUAGGUGACAAACCAGAGCAUCAGAGCCACCAGGACCAGAGCCAGGAACAGAGCAACGCUGAGAGUCAUGCGAAUCCGAGUGAGUUCUUGAGCCUUGAUAGUCACCACCGAAACAUGAGUUACUUGGAGUAAUGAUAUUUUCGUGUAUGGCUCUCGUAUGGAACUUAGUUUGCUUCUUUCAUAUGUUUUUGUUUGUUGUUUUGAUGGUUUUGUACUUGUGUUGAACAUAGUUGUUUACUCUCUCCGUUUUCAAACAAUCUACUCUUUUAUUUAGUUAUUUUUCAGCAGUUUUACAUUUUUA